AUGGAGAAUAAUGGCAAAGAGUCAUAUAAGGAUGGUGAUCAAUCUGAGGAUUUAAGUGUUGAGUAUGAGUGCAGUUCUGAUGAAAGUGAUGAUAUGGUAGAUGUAACUGUAGAUGAAGCAGAGGCAGAUAUAAUUAAUGCUGAUGAAUCUCAAGUUUGUGAAUUUUAUGCCAAAUAUGCCAAGUGCUAUGGAUUUGUGUCUCAAAAAGACUUGAAGACAGUGGAUGCUAAUGGCAACAUUAAUACAAUACAGUUGGUUUGCAAUAAAGCAGGAGAAAGACAUUGGAAGCACCUUAAAAGGGACAAUCGGCAAAGGGAGCAUAGGGCAAUUACUUGUGUCAACUGCAGGGCGAGGAUUCGGUUCAUUCGUCACUAUAGAACCGGUAAGUGGAAAGUCAGUGUCUUUGAGAGUGAACACAAUCAUCCAUUGUGUCCACCUAAGUACAGACAUCUUAUUGCCGCGAAUCGUGGGCUUAAUAAGGCCGAUAAAUCACAAGCAGACAGCUUGCGAGCAUGUGGUGUUAAAACUUGCCACAUAAUGGGUUACAUGGUUUUCCAAAAAGGUGGAUACGAUAAAGUGGGUUUUACCAGCAAAGACUUACAUAACCACAUUAGUAAGACUAGGCGUGGCAAAGUGAAAGACAGUGAUGCAUUUGCUGCGUUAGCCUAUCUGUUGUCCAAGGUAGACAGUGACCCAUUAUUUCUAGGAAAGUUCACCUUAAAGGAUGGUAGGUUGGAUAAUUUGGUGUGGGCUAAUGGUGCAAGCAUUGUUGAUUACGAAUGUUUUGGCGAUGUACUUGCUUUUGACACCACUUACAAGAAAAUGUGUACAACAAGCCCUUAG